GCACACAGCCUAUUAUCUCCAAUAAUUCGUACAAAGAGAAAGAGGACUCUGCAACAGAAGAGCGUAUUGCUAACAUUCUCAGUGAGGCUCAGGUCGCCAUGCACAUGAAGAAGAACCUAGAACAGCAACAGGUUGCCGGUGCUAUAGUAUCAAGUCUGUAUCACCACGAACUCUCUAAACUGGGAGGGACUCCACCAGGGUUAGCCAUGAUGUCUCCCACGAUGCCGCCGGUCUCCCUCUCCAACGGACCGCACUUUUCCCGAGAGGGACCCAGAAAAGUGAAAGAGGGGGACUCUCGAUAUCAUUCAUCCUCAUCAUCCCAAGAAGACAUGGCUUCAGCUCAAGAGAUAGUCACCAGAAUUUACCGACAAGAGCUGAUCAAGCUGAAAAAAGCUGCUGAUGCAGCUGGUAAUAUGGCAGCUAGUGCCAUGUAUGCACAAGAGCUCGGUCGCCUUGAUGUUUCGCAGAAUACUGGCAUGCCCAUCUCUUCAUCUUCCCAACUGCGACACUCAUCUUCGUCGUCACCUCCUCCUGCAGACAGUCCUGAACCAUCACCCCUGGCACUAGACUACAGGUCUACACGUCCAUAUGGCCUGAAGCUGAAAACUGAACCCCCAGAUAGCACAUCUGAUGAGACUGCCUCUCAUGUCAACAACUGUGGAGCUAUUGACUUGAGCAAACCAUCAUCACAUGCAGGCUCCACCCCAAGUUCUUCACCAACCAGUGAGUCUGGCAGACAUGCUGGAAGUGCCUUUUUCUUGGUGCAUCCUCGGAUGAACGGCCACGAUUCCGGAGUCUCCGAAAGUCCUGUGACUCCCACCCAGCAGCAGCAGCAAGGAUCCACUGGAGGACCUCGGUAUGGAUCGGUACCUCCAGCAGAAUGCUUGUCUCCAUUGCAGAGGAUGCAGAACAUAGCCAACUCACUAACAACUCGUCCCAACGUAGGCAUGCCCAGUAACAAACCAUUGCGUGCCAUUUUGCCGCCAAUAACUCAAGAGGAAUUUGAUCGCUAUGCAAAUGUCAACACUGAUGAUCUGGUUAAAAAAAUCAAGGAAACUCUCUCUCAGUACUCAAUCAGCCAGAGACUUUUUGGAGAGAGCAUUCUUGGGUUAUCUCAGGGAUCGGUUUCUGACCUUCUAGCAAGGCCAAAACCUUGGCACAUGCUGACUCAGAAGGGAAGAGAACCAUUUAUACGCAUGCAGAUUUUUCUGGAAGAUGCUGAAUCAAUCCCAAAGUUAGUAGCGUCUCAGUAUCGUAUCCCACCUGACAAGUUAAUGAGGUCCAAUUCUAGAGGAUCAAGUGAGCCUG